UUUUUCUUUUUCUUUUUCCUGUUAGAUGAUUGUGUAGAACGUCAUAGAACACAUUUUCUCUUUUUUUGAAGGCAAAAAUCCAUUGGGAUUCCCUUUUUCUACAGCCAAUUUUCUGUUUGAUUAGCGGCAAUUUUUUGAAUAAUUGUCGUUUUGGUGGGAGGAUCAUCUUUUACUUUUUAAGUCAUGGUUCUAUUGGUUUUGCAGCUUUAAGUUGGAGUAGUGAUCCCAUCUAUUAAGCCUUGUUGCCGAUAAAUCUGGCGUUGACCAUAUGAACCCCUCGGUGAUUCUGGGUUGACCAUAUGAACCCUUGAGUGAUUCUUCACUGAGUAAUGGUCCAGAAAAAAAUAAAUCAAUGUAAUUUCUUGAGUAGUAAUACUUACGAACAUGUUCAAGUUUGAUAAAAAUGGAGCUUCUUUAAGUUUUACAUUUGUUUGGAACUAUGCUAACCAUAAUUUUAAUUAUUAUGAAUGAGCUAUCUUAAAUGUGUGGUAUUAUGUAUUGAUCUACGAUUGAUGCAGGUGAACUAAUAUCAAGAAGGGAAUUAAUUAAUAGAAUUUUUCGAUGAAAUAUACUUGAGCUGCUGCUUGCUUCUUACGCUGAUUGUAAAGAAUGUCUGCUUAUGGACAACAGAUGGAGCGGGAGUACUCCGCUCAAAGUCUUUCGAGUACAAGAGAAAUGGGAAGUCAUUUUACAAUGGAGAGAGGAAUUUACAUGUCAUCUUUUGCUGCUACAGUCUUUAUCUCUGGGCUAGUUACAAUCGGGGUAUCAUUGAUGGCAUUGCUGAUUGCAUUGACAGUAAUGUUGCAAACUUGUGAAAAUACGAAUUCAGGAGAUUUACAGAUGUAUAGAAACAUUGAAACAUAUUAUUAUUGCAAAAGUUACGCUCUGCAUGCAGAGUUGAACAGUUUAGAAGUAAAUUUUUUCCCUGCAAUUUGCAAGGAUGCAGCCAUACGAUACAUCAAUGAAGGUCAAUAUUUGAGAGAUUUAAAUAUCACAGUUGGCAUUGCUGAGGAUUUCUUCAGCAGAGUAAAGCCACUGAAUGAUGGUCGAGACAUUGUGCUGAUGGAUGCAGACGACUUCAUUACUUCAGAAAAUGUGCAUUCUCAUCUUUUGAUGCGCUGGAUCAAUAAAGAUGCCUUCCAUGAUAGCAGUAGGGUGAAAAGAAUGUUUGUCGUGAAGUUAUAUCUGAAACUUCAAGCCUGGCGAUGGCCAUUGAUUUUGAUAUCAAGGAAACCCGAGAAACUGCGUGAUGCCACAAUAGAGCAUCUGGCAUCAGUGGGAUGCAGUGGUUGGUCUUCACUAAUCAUGAGAAUGGACAAUGAAACUCAAAUGGAUUCUCAACAUUUUUCAAGACACAGGACUAAACUGCAAAAGGAGGGGUUUCGAAUCACAGCUUUGAUUAGCAGCCAGAUGGAUGCUGCAAGAGGGCCAUGCAUAGGCGAACGCAUUUUCAAGCUCCCGACCCCUAUGUUCAAUUACAAAGCAGAAGAUUAUGUUGAAAGCAAAAAUUUAUAAGGGUAAAUUUUUACGCUCAGAAUUAUAAUAGUAUCAUUCUUUUGUGUUGCUGAGACGAAAAUCUUCAUCUUACUUCAUUAGUGCCGUGUGGAGGAGAAGGUGUAUAUUGUAUUCAAGCAUAAAUUUCACAAUGAUAAAUGUUCCCUUAUGGCAUGUUGGAUUGGAUAGCACGGGAUAUGAUUAAUGAAAAGAUGUUCAAAUCUUGUUCAUUGUUUACUAAAUGUGACCGUAAAUGAUUUUGUGCCCAUUAGAAAUUUCGUCCCCAAUGUAAAUACAUGGAAACUUCGAGCUUGCGUUUGUAUAUGUUGUAUUACAACUUAAUUAUCGACUUAUCGUCAUGUCAUCAUUUUUUUAAUGCAUUGCAAAUUAAUUAGCAAUAAAUUCUUUGUUAA